UCUUAGAUUUCAUUUAAUAUUUUAAAUUAAAACAAUUAUUAUGUCCAAGACCUUUUUUAUUAUAUAUGCCUUGACCUUUCCACUAUGGAUAUCUUCUUAUUCAUAUUAUCUACCAAGAUACAAUAGGGAAUUUCCAGUGAUCUUUAAGAAAACAGAUCAUAAAUGUUUACCAUUUCAACCAUUCACUUGUCCUGAUUCUGAAGUUUGCUUACCGUUACAAUAUUUAUGCGAUGAUAAUUCUGACUGCCCAGAUGGUUAUGACGAAGAUUCAAAAUUGUGUACAGCAGCUAAAAGGCCACCUGUUAAUGAUAUAGCUAGCUUUCUAAAAAAGAUGGUUCUUGAAAAUGGGAAUGAUUUUCUAAUUAAACUAUUUGGACCAAAGGCUAUUGAAACCUUAGAGCCUCUAGGAGGAGUAGAACAACUUGCGGUUGCCUUAUCAGAGAGUCAAACUAUUGAAGAUUUUGCAAAAGCAUUAAAUUUGAUGAGAAAUGAUAUUGUGCAUCUAAAAUCAAUGUUAAUGAAGAUUGAAAAGGGGGACUCAGAAACAUUCGGUAGUCUCAGGAUUAAAGAGAGUAGUCUUUCAGAACUUAAAUUUUUCUUAGAUAAAUUAAUAAAAACUGGAUUUUUAGAAUAGAAUAAAUCAUUAUUCGUAAUCUGCAUUCUACUAUAAUA